UCUAGGUUUUCUCAAAUUUUCUAUGAAUUUCACCAUCUGUGAAAUUACCUACAACUGUGGUUUAAUUAAUUAGUGAUAGAGAAGACUCUAGGAGAAAAUGUCAAAUCUGAAAAUGAAAGAGGCAGCUCUUAUCUAUCUUGACAGAAGUGGAGGCCUCCAAAAAUUUAUGGAUGACUGCAAGUAUUACAAUGAUUCAAAACAAAAUUUUGCUGUCUAUCGAUUCAGUAUUUUACUAAGUCCUUCUGAUGUUGUUGAAUUAGAUGCUGAACUUGGAAAUCUUAUUUUACAUCAGCCUUUGAAAGCUGCUCAAGUUUUUCAAUCAGUCUGUUUUGUUGCUGUUAAGACUCUCUCAUUAAUUGAACAAUUACAAACUGAGACGCAAAUCAAUAUAGUACUGAAGUUAACACAUUUACCUCCUCUGCCAAGUUAUAGUCUUGAUCUUUGUGAGUUUCCACUUGAUUAUACAUCUCAAAGAUUUUAUAUGAUGCAAGGAAUUGUAAUUGCAAUGACAACUGUAACCAAGUAUACACAAGGUGCAAGAUUUCUUUGUUCAGAUGAAGCAUGCCCUCUUUCAAAAGGAUUUCAGUAUAUAAGAGUGCAUGUGCCUGGUGCUACAGAAUCUGCAACAGUAAGAAAUGAUUUUUUGUGUGAUCUUUGUGCAUCUUCACUUCAGGAAGACAGGAAGUUUAGAGUACUUGGUGAUAAACAGAUAGUUGAAAUAAUUGCCACAAAGGCACUUCAUGCUUUUCAGGGAUAUUCUAACAACCGGCCAUUUAGGUUUCAAUCUUUUACAAUUUUUCUAAGAGAUGAAUCAGUGAAUAAAAUGGAUAUAGGAAAUGAGUACAAAAUCAUUGGAAUUCCAACCUGUGUGAAAACCUCACAAACUGCUGUCUGUGUAGAAGCAAACAGUAUCACUUUUUGCAGUCCAAAGGUUCCCUCAGGAAUUAGCGACAAUUUCAGAUGUCUCCUCUCUUUGACUUCCAGCUCUUAUUGGAAAUUUACAGCAAUACUUGCCAAUGUCUUUGCAUCACAGAUUGUUCCUCCUGGGACUUACAAUUUGCUCAAGCUCUGUUUGCUGAUGAGUCUAGUACAGAUAAGUGACUGUAACAAGGAACUGAAAAAUUGCCUAGAUAUUUUGAUUAUAACAAGUGACACUCUUCUUAUAGACAGGCUUUUGAAUUUUAGUAUAAACCUUGUUCCCCGUGGCAUACGUCAUCCUGUCUCCUCUGAAAUUUUUCCUACUCUGUCCAAGAAUAAGUAUGGAACUGGAGCAGGUAGCAUUCAAGCUGGCAGUGCUUUGCUAGCUAAAGGUGGUAUCUGUUUUAUAGGAGACUUGACGUCACACAAAAAAGAUAAACUUGAACAGCUCCAAUCAGUUGUGGAAACGAGAAGUAUCACAGUAUACAUCCCAGGAAAGAAGUUUGGGGAUGAUAUAGAUCAACAAGUGACUUUUCCAGUUCAGUGCAGUUUUUGGUCUUUUGUUGAUAUGGAUUCAUCUUCAAGGAGAAAUACACAGAAAGCCAGUACUUUAAUAGGUCAGAUGGAUUGUAGUUUGAUUCCAGCCAAUCUUGUAGAAGCAUUUGGGUUAUUGAUUAACUGCAAUGAAUCAUCUCCUUGCUACUCACUUCUUCCAACUGUGCAGCAUACUUUAAAAAAAGCUGUUGAUCCUGAAGGGCUACUUUACAUAGCUUCUAAACAGUUUACAAGUGAAGAUUUUGAAAAGCUGCUGGCUUUUGCAAAGAAUUUGAAUGUAGAAUUCAGCAUGGAGGCAGAGAGAAUGAUUCAUGGCUAUUACCUAGCGAGUCGCAGAAUCAGAACAGAUUCUGUAUGUGGAUCAAAACUGACAGCAUCUGCAUUAAAAUAUUUAGUUUCCCUAUCUGAAGCUCAUGCUCGACUGAACUUAAGAAAUAAAGUGCUUAAAGAAGAUGUACUAAUUGCAGCCUUAUUAUUUGAAAUAUCUCUCACACUGAAAUAUGGGGUUGCUGUGUUUUGCGUUGCACCAAAUGCACUAUUUCCAUUUGAACUGCAUAAUGAAGAAUAUUUAGAGCAAAGGGACAUUUACCUGACUCAAUGCCAACAACAGCUUCAACAGUUCAUUGACACAUAUGGACCUGGGACAGCUGUUUUUACUAGUGAUCAAUAG